ACAAGCGGCGACUUUUGUGCAUUGAAGACUCGCCGCGGUAGCUGCCGCCGCCGCUCGGAGCCGGGCUGGGAAAGGCUGCGGCUCCGUCCCCGCGGCUCCCUCGGGGCGCCGGCCGCUGCGCUUCUCGCCGGGAAGGAGCCGCUUCGGACGCCCGAGAGGCCACCCCUCGUGCCUGCCGGAGCCCUGCCGGGGGCUGGAGGAACCGCUUCUCCCAGUGGAUUUAUAGAGCCGAGCUUCCCUUGCGGGGGGCACUAGAGACAGGAGCAGCCUCCUUCGCAGCGGCGGUGUCCCUGCCUGCCUCUUGAUUUCUCCCACCUCCACUUUGAUUUUUUUUCCCCCCACCUCCCCUUUCCACUCUCCCGCCCCCUCGGUUUCUUUCGGCUUGUGCGUGUGCCCGGCGCCCUGGAUCCGCCGCGGAGUUUGCAGCCCGAGGGACGCCCGCUCGCCCGGCAGCGGCAGCCGGGAGCCCCCCGCGAGCAGCUCGGAGGACUGAAGCCCCUGCCACCUCCUCCUCCUCCUCCCCGCGUCGCUGCGACUUGGGAGGCAGCCGGAUUGCGAGCUGGCGGGAGCCUUGCCUACACGCCGGGGGCACACAUGACUCAGUAAAUCUGCCUGCGGCUCUCCCCGGCCACCGCCUUCAUCCUUGGCGUUUUGUCUUGCCAAAAAAAAAAGAGAAGAUACCUGGGCAGGGGGGCGCCGGGUUGGUGUUUCCCCCUCGUGUUGCUGCCUGGGUGGGAAGGGGGGUGUUGGGGUGGGCUGGAGGGGGGGCAGAGACGGGAGCCCGCCCGGCCGGAGGAGUUGGCCCCCGAGGAGGCUGGCGGAGAGGGACUUGAUGCCGCCGGCGACCAUGGCAGCGCGGAGGGGCGACUCCUCUCUGUGGAAGUACUGCUGGGGAGUGGCGAUGGUGCUGUGCCGGACGGCCGUGGCCAGGUCCAUCGUAUUGGACCCGGUCUACUGGAAUUCCACCAACCCCAAAUUCCUUCCUGGACAAGGACUGGUACUAUAUCCACAGAUAGGAGACAAACUGGAUAUUAUAUGCCCAAAGCUGGACUCUAAAACUGUUGGCCAGUAUGAGUAUUAUAAGGUCUACAUGGUUGAUAAAGACCAAGCAGAUAGCUGCACUAUUAAAAAGGACAACACUCCUCUACUCAACUGUGCCAAGCCAGAUCAAGAUGUUAAAUUUACCAUCAAGUUUCAGGAGUUCAGCCCUAAUCUGUGGGGCCUGGAAUUUCAGAGAAAGAAAGAUUAUUACAUCAUAUCAACAUCAAAUGGGUCUUUGGAGGGCCUGGAUAACCAGGAGGGAGGGGUGUGCCAGACAAAAGCCAUGAAGAUCCUUAUGAAAGUUGGACAAGAUCCCAGUUCUGCUGGGUCACCCCGUCAUACUGAUCCAACUAAACGUCCAGAACAGGAAGCUGGUACCAAUGGGAAAAGCUCCACAACAAGUCCAUUUGUAAAGGACCAUUCAGGAUCUGGCACAGGUGGCAGCAAGGCUGGACAGUCCAGUAUACUCGGUUCUGAGGUGGCCUUAUUUGCAGGGAUUGCAUCAGGGUGCAUCAUUUUUAUUGUCAUCAUCAUCACUUUGGUGGUUCUUUUAUUGAAGUACCGGAGAAGACACAGGAAGCAUUCGCCACAGCACACUACAACUCUGUCACUUAGUACAUUAGCCACCCCAAAGCGCAGUGGCAACAACAAUGGAUCUGAGCCCAGUGACAUUAUCAUUCCUUUAAGGACUGCAGACAGUGUAUUUUGCCCACACUAUGAAAAGGUCAGUGGUGACUAUGGACAUCCAGUGUAUAUAGUUCAAGAGAUGCCUCCUCAGAGUCCAGCAAACAUUUAUUACAAGGUCUGAAAAAACUAUGUGGUACAUUCGAGGUAUAGAGGAAACUUACUGGUCAAAUGCUUUCUGUUGGGGUUUGUGAUGAUGCCUUGUGCACUAAUAUUGACUCAAGCACAGGGGUAAAGGCAAGACCUCUUUCUCAGAGAGCCUUCUUGAGCUGGACAGCUUAUCUAGUCUGUAGGAUUCCUGUCUCAGUGAAUAAAUAUUCACUAAAAGCUGGAAGACUUUAUGUAGAAGAUACCCAUUCUGAUUGCUGUACUCUUGUUACAUUCAUCAUCCUCUAAGCCAUGUGCUGCAGGCAUUCAGGCGUGUACAAAAGCCAAGAGAAGAUGGAGUGAUUCGUGGAUGUUAAUAGUCCUAGGCAUCCUGGGAAGGUGCUCUAGGAUAUCAAGCUUGAAAUGCAAUCUUCUGACUUUGUGAGAGUGUUUCUCAGUGCAUACUGGAUUUGUCACACAGACCUCAGCGUCGAAGUAAGACUUUUAAAGUUCUCUUGCUUUUAGUCCGUCACUGUUACAUUUAUUUCUGUUACCCAGAAAUAACAGUUCUGCCAUCCUUCACAUAAGAUUUCCUUUCACUCCACCUCCUGCAUCACUAAUAGAACAUUAAUGUUCGGAGUGCCAUGCUCCAUCCAUCAGCUGCAGCAGCUUCACUUGAAUGGGUAAUACAGCUAUAGAAAUUACGUUUGCUAAUAAGGAGCCUUCCAGCCAAAAGUUAGGCUGUCAGCAGAGUUAAGACCAGAACUGGGCAGUGUUGGGGGAGGAAGGACUGACUGCAAUCGCAGUUGAUUGCUGCCACCUCUGAAAUAGAAGCUGGAAAGAAAAACUAUUUAGGUAGCACAGCACUUUGGUAUGCUAAGUUUUAAGAGGCAAGUAUAGGGGACACAACACCACGCUCAGUGGAUUAGGGCUGCACUUGAAGGAAUUCACAGUUAUCAAUUAGCAAUGUGCAGAAAACUAUAGUACCUUCAAUACAGUUGGACAAAGGGGUAUUGUUAGUAAGUGAACAAGCUCGGAGGACAAGAUAAUAGUAGGCCGCUGAUUUAUUAGGGCAAUGCUGUUGUGGUACUGGCAAUAAGGUAUACAGCUUUGAAGCUGUAGCAAAAACUUAGUCUGCUUUGGAUGAUUUUUAAGCAGACUCAGCUGCUAUACUGUCACAUCAUACUAAACACAGGGAACGCAUUUAAGAAAAUAGCAGAGAGCCAAAUCUGACCUAGCUGACUAUAAACCAAAGGGUCAAAUGAGCUGUAAUUCCAUCACCACUGACUUUAUUAAAAACUUUCUCAUCUCUAAAAAUAGAUCAGAAUUUUGCUUCUGACUUGAGCCUUUUGACACUUUGGUUUAUGGCAGUGCUGUCCCUGCACAGUGCAGUGUAGGUACUCUAACUGACACAGCAGUUCAUUGGUGCUCUGUUUCAAAGUAAAAGCACAUAUGGCAAACCUCUUACAGUCCAUAAGGAUAAAAUAAAUUAUGACAUUGAGAGAGAGAAGGAAGAUGCAUCUUAUUUAUAAUAGGUAUAUAAAACACAAGGAAUAUAAAGUGAGAAUUUUUCUUUUUUUCUUUCUUUCUCUUUUUUACUAAUAUAUUUUGAGAUUGCACAGAAUCUACACCAGAAGAUGUGAAAUUCAUUGUGGCAAUUAAAUAGUCUUAACUUGUCAGCAUUUAAAAAAAAUGGAUAACUGCUUCUGGGAAAAACAACUUCAUUCCAAAAAUAACAAUAAUGAGAGCAAACACAAAAAUAACAAAGCCCUCUAAAGGCGUCUCGCAUAACAGUAGACUAGGAAAUACAAGCCCAAAAAUACCAGGAAAUCAAUGUUACUGCAUCAUAUAUUUAACAAUGACAAGAUGUUCCGGCAUUUAUUUUCUGUGUUGUGUUUUCCCUUGCCUUACGGGCUGAAGUGUUCUGUAGAUUUCAUCAGGUCACACAGACGUGAGUUUCAGAUUUAAAGUUUUUGCUUUAGCUUGGUUAUACCCUCACAACCCCCAUCCCUGAAGAAAAAAAAAGAAUUUACUUUUUAUGUGCUAUGCAAAAUAGACAUCUUUAACAUAGUCAUGUUACUAUGGUAACACUUUGCUUUCUGAUUUGGAAAGAAAAUGUAGCAACAGCAUUUUAAGGUUCUCAGACCUCCAGCAAGCACCUGCAAAAAAGAAAAAAGAAAUGAACUGUCAUAGAAAUGAUUACUCUCUCUAUUUCCUGAACCUGAAAAUGAUGUUGGGAUACUAGUCCGGAAGGGGAUUUUUAAAUUUUUUUUUUAAAGCAACAACCAUGGUUCUUUGGAAGGUUACCAUGGUGACUAACUACAGUACAUAUGUAAUUCUUUCCAACAACCCCUCCUUUCUGUGAAUCUGUCCAUAUAAGGCUUUUUUUGUAAGUCAUUAAAGAUUUUAUUUUGGGGGAGGGGGAGAAAGGGAAAAGAUGGGUAUAGUAAGCUUGGUUUAUUUUUGGGGGUGGGGGGAUUUAAAAUUUUUUUAAUCAAGUGUAUGUUUCAUCAGUUGGCUACAUUCUGGUUAUGUUCUAAACUGUGAAAAUCAGAGGAAUUGACGAAGAGCAACCUGCAACCAAUUAAAAAAAAUGUACUGUGCGUCUGUUUUGUGUCUGGUGCAGAAUUAUGACAAUCUACCAACUGUUCCUUUAUUUGACGUUGGUUCAGCUUCAAAAAGUUACUGUAAAUGCCUUGCUUGUAUUAUCGUCCCUAGUCACCUGACUUUGGAAUUUGCACCAUCAUGUCUAAGUGAAGAUGCUGUAAAUAGGUUCAGAUUUACUGUAUAUGGAUUCGGGGUGUUACAGUAGCCUUAUUCACCUUUUUAAAUAAAAAAAUACACAUGAAAACAAGACAGAAAUGGCUUUUCUUAACCAGAUUGUGUAUAUAGAGCAAUGUUGGUUUUUUAUAAAGUCUAAGCAAGAUGUUUUGUAUAAAAUUUGAAUUUUGCAAUGUAUUUAGCUACAGCUUGUUUAAAGGCAGUGUCAUUCCCCUUUGCACUGUAUUGAGGAAAAAAAUGGUAUAAAAGGUUGCCAAAUUGCUGCAUAUUUGUGCUGUAAUUGUGUACCAUGAAUAUUUAUUUAAGAAUUUCUUUGUCCAGUUUGUAAGUAACACAGUAUUAUGCUUGAGUUAUAAAUAAUUUUUUUCUUUCUUUGUUUUUUUUUAACUAGCCUGUCAUAGGUUUGAAACCUUUAGUUCCACAUUGCAAUUAGCUCCCAGAAAAUGAAAACUAUGAAAAUCACAUUCCACGUCUGUUUCAAAUUGAAUUUGUUCUUAAAAAAAUAAAAUAUUUUUUUCCUAUGGAAA